UAGGUAAAGCAGAGGAGCAUAAAGAAUUAGGUUAAGUUAGGUUAGGUAUCUGCAAAUAAUCACGUGGGGAUCCUUCCAUAUAUUUAUUAUUACUCCGUUCGAGACGAUGGAUGAUAAUAAUUUUAUGCAACUUAAAAUAGUCACUUGUCAAACGAAAGAUUCGAAUUCGAUUCCCGAUUCUACUACUUAUAUUCAAAAAUUUCAGAAGGAAAAACCUUUUGUUCUGUGACAGAACUGAAUACUCAAAUAUAAACAAAUCCAAGUGAAAAUAGAAAUCCAAGAAAAAAGGGGAAAAAAUGUUAUGUCCGGAGACAUGGAACUUUCAACCACCACCACAUCAUAUCUUUGUAAAUAUAGUGGAUUUUAGAAAGACAAAUAUACCUGCAGUGGUAAAGAAUCAUUAUUUUAAUCAUUCGAUAUCUAUAGUGCUUCCUGACACUGUUACUAUUCCUCAAAGUUUACACAAUUGCCUGUCAAAAGAUACAGAUUAUUAUCGAAUAAAUAAUCUGUGCAUAAGUGAUCUUUUAAACAUAGAGUUUAUUGAAGCUUUUGUUAAAAAAGGAGAAAUUAACAUUUUGACAAUAGAAAACAGAAUAGAUUUACAGAAUUCCAUUUGUGUAACUCCAACUGGGCACUUAGUGCUCUCUUUAUUCACAGAUGAUUACCAUGCACUUGGUUUGGAAGGAAAGCCCUCUGCUUUCAGCCACAAGCCGCAUACACGUUACAUGGUGGAUAUUGAUUUAACAAGCGAAACUUUUGUUCCUGGUAAGAAGAAUUACGACAGAGUUCGAAUAGCGUUGGAGGAACGACUUACACAGAAAUUUGAUGUUAUAAUAUCGUGGGAUUCAUCAAAUAUCAAUAUAUGCCCAUCGUCCGUAGCAGCCUGGUUUCACGCACGCAAUUAUAAUGUUUAUCUAUGCCGCCAGAAAUUUUCCCAAAGGACCAAAUAUUCAUUAGCAAUACCUGUUUACGAAGAUAAACAUAAUAAUAAAUGUAAGACUGAUAGCGACUUUUUUGAAUGGCUUGGAGUCUUCAACAUUGAUGGUGAUCUAUCUAUCAAGGAAGAGGAUUAUGCAAACACAUAUCGGUGUCCUUCUCCUUCUAUUCAAGUUGGACAGGUGCAGUAUUUACAGUGGAGUGGAUUCUUUACGCGAAGAAAGAUACAGAAAGCAUACGAUGCGUUAAAACAGUAUGCUUUAUCGCGAAAUACUUUGCCGUGGAUCAGUUUAGACGUACAAGGAUUUGCGGACAGUCCUAUCAGUUUUAAUUUGAAAGAACACAUGUUUUUCACUGACGGAGAUAAUAGUUACACUAUUAUAUUUCGAUCUAAAGGUGAAGCUGUUGUACGAACAAGUUUAAGCUCUAACAAUAAUAAGAUAAAGAAUAAUUAAACCGCUUGCGUAAAUUACACAAAUAAGUGGAAAAGCUCCAAUUACUGGAUUUUAAUAGUCUAAUAAUAUAUUUUGUACGUAAAUUUCAAAUACAUUUUCAGUAUUGUAAACUACUGCGUACCAAACACAGACUUGAAACGCCAUCAUAAACUGAAGUUAGAAAUAAUAUCAUAUAAUCAUUAAAUAUUACCACAUACUUUGAUAGUCGAAUUGGUAUGACGUCUGUCACAGUAGGAAGUUCCAGGUUUGUAUUAUAAGAUAUUUUUUAUACAAAUUCUUUACAGUGUUCUGUACUCUGUCUAGCGAAAGAACAUAAUCGGAGCGUAUAAACAAGCAGAAUGUGGAGAGUGUAACACAUCGUAUUGCUAAAUAUCUAGUAAAUACGCCACGGAAAGGGACUUUCUUAUGUGAAGCAGAUGUGUUUUCAUUCGCUCAAAUUAUAUUCUCUCAUUGAACAGAGUAUAAGUAGAACAUCAAAAUCAAACAAAAGAAAUAUUUAUUUUUGUAUUGUAUAAGGAGUCGGAUUGUAAGGAGAAACUUUUUAAAUAAAUCACUAUAUAUAUCAA